AUGCAUUCAUUAUUUUAUCGCAACAAAAUUCUCAAUUCGCAUAUCAUAUUCAAUACCCAUUCAAUAUUAACAUUCCUUUUUCUAAUCCUAUCUCUCCUUGAAUUAAAUUCUGCCGAUUUAACGGUAUAUGAUUCUUCAAAUAAUGAGAUAACCACAUAUGAAAAUACCGAUAUUUUUGGAAUUCAUAAACCCGAUUAUGGCGUUUCAGGACAAUUAAUCAUAGCAUCGUUCGCUAAACCUAAUGAUAAAGAUGACCCUUGUAAAAUAAUUAAUUUGCCUUUAAUUGAUGAGGAUACUAUACUUGUUGUACCAUUCCACGAUGCUUACAAUGUUGGAUGCAUGUCAUAUUCAGACAUAAUUGAAAGUAAUAAUUGGGAAAAUAAUGACGAUGUCGAUAUACCCUCAUCGAAAGUUCCAGAUGAUAGCGUUUCCGGAGAACAAGAUAGUGAAACACAAUUUCCUACAACAGCAAACACCGAAAAUAAUAAUGACAGCGUAAACAUUAAUAACAACAAUGAUAAUAACGACGCCAAAAAUAAUGAAAUACCGCAAGAAGUACCAAAAGAGGCUGUUAAUGCUCCUAAAACGCCAAAUGAUCCUAUCGACGCACCAGCUGAUAAAAAUCCACCAGAUACAGCUCCACCUGACAAAAAUCCGAAAGACACAACUCCAGAUAAUACUCCGAAAGAUAUAACUACAGAUAAUACUCCGAAA